AUGGCCAUAACUCUAUACGCGAUCGACGACUACUACCUCACCGCAACGCUGCUGAUCACAAUCACGUACCAGCUGUUCUUCUUCACGAUCGCCUUCGCGCUCCGGUUCGACAAGCUCACGGACUUUGCGGGCGGGACAAACUUUGUGCUGCUUGCGAUCGUUACGCUGUGCUUCAGCGGCGUCACAGAUGUUAGAAACAUCGUAGCCUCCGUCUUCAUGAUGGUCUGGGGCGCCCGCCUAUCCGGCUUCCUCCUCUUCCGCAUCCUCAAAACCGGACAAGACGACCGCUUCAACGGCAUGCGCGACAAGUUCCUCCCUUUCCUCGGCUUCUGGCUCUUCCAAAUGCUCUGGGUCUGGACCGUCUCCCUGCCCCUCACAAUCCUCAACAGCCCCUCCACCACCGCGCACUCGCCUCUCCCCCCGUUCACAACCCCACUCGACAUCCUCGGCAGCAUCCUCUUCCUGGCCGGCCUCGCAACCGAGACCCUCGCCGACACGCAGAAGUACCUCUUCCGGUCCAGCGCCGCCGCGGCGUCCAACAAGGCCCUCUUCAUGGACAGCGGGCUGUGGCGCUACUCGCGCCACCCCAACUACUUUGGCGAGAUCCUGCUGCAUCUCGGCAUCUGGCUGGUCGCCAUUGCGCCGGCGGCGCAAGGCGCGGUGACGGGGCGCGCGGCGGCGGCGCUGUAUGGCAGUGUGGUGGGCCCGCUGGUGCUCGCGGGGUUGUUGUUGUUUGUGAGUGGGGUGUCGCUGCAGGAGCGGCCGGCGGCGAGGAGGCGGUGGGAGAUGGGGCGGGGGUGGGAGGAGUAUAGUGAGUAUUUGAGGAGGACGAGUGUGCUGGUGCCGAUGCCGAGGAGGGUGUGGGAGAGGUUGCCGGUGGCGGUGAAGAGGACGGUGGGGUUGGAGUUUCCGAUGUAUGUUUUUGAUCCGGCGACGAUGGGUGGGGAUGGGGAUGGGCGUGCGUUGAGGGCGGGUGAUGCUACGUAG